UUAGCUUUGACAAGGGCACAACUCACUCUCUGGGUUCCUUCCUCCAAACAAUCUCUAUCUCUCUCUCUCUCUCACUGUCUCUCUCUCUAGUUGACUCCACCUGGUCUUCUCUCCGUGUUCAGCAAGGAACUUUCCUUCUCCAUCUUCUUUUUCAUCACAAAUACACACACCCCUUAUAUAUACAUAUAUCAACAAUAUAAUUAAUUGUAACAUAAAUAUUCUUUUGAUUCGUCAAGUCUGUUCAAGUCCUGGUCACAACUCUGAGCCUACUGGAAAUGAAGAAACUUGUAUUGAAAUUGGAUUUACAUGAUGAAAGAGACAAGCAAAAGGCCAUGAAAGCAGUUUCUAGCAUUUCAGGAGUUGAAUCGAUUGCAAUGGACAUGAAGGAGAAGAAAUUGACAGUGAUCGGAGGCGUCGACCCAGUUUGUGUAGUGGGCAAAUUGAGGAAUAAAUGGUACACAGAAAUACUGACAGUUGGGCCGGCAAAAGAACCCGAAAAGAAGAAAGAUGAGGGUAAAAAAGAUGAAGGAAAAAAAGAUGAUGGAAAGAAGGAUGAAGAUAAAAAGAAAGAAGAAGAGAAACAGAUUGCAGAGCUUGUGAAGGCAUACAAGGCCUACAAUCCUUGCAUGACUCAGUAUUACUAUGUUCAAAGUGCUGAGGAGAACCCAAAUGCUUGUGUUAUCUCUUGAAUUUAAAUGUUUGUUAUUUGAGAAACAAAUGUUUGGGAACCUUUUAUUCAUUAGGGAGUUAUGAGGAUGAAUAAUGGGAUGUUGUUCCUAUGUGCAAUGAUUGAUUACUCAUGUAUUGUGGGACAUUUGAUCUAUAAAUCUUAAAAUAUACAGAAAAGUUACUUUUGAUA